AAACUGGAAAACCCCGCACCGAAAACCUCACUCUGAGCGUUUUACUCGAACAUAGCAUAGCCCCAUUAUUAAAUCAGUAUCGCCGUUGCGCCGCCAUGGGAACCUCCGCCACCGGGGCUACGUCAGCCCAAAUCCUCCGUCAUACCACUGCCUUCACCUCCGAAAUGCUUUCCCAGUACGAGCUCCGACGCCAAAUCUUCUCCGCCCUACGCUGCAAGCUUUUGCCUUCUGAUCAACUCACUCUCAAAUCCUUAAACCUUGCCGUCGAAACUCUAGAAAACGCCAUUUCAGCCCCGAACGCCUCCACACAAUCCUCCUCUCUUUCUCUUGCUCAAAAGCUCCUCGUUUCCUAUCCCGAAACGACCUUCUCGUCUUUCCUUCUAUCCCUCAUUUACUAUCUUUCAAAUCAAACCAUCAAUUCCUCCCUAUGUCUCCUUCGAGUUUUCGACUUGGACCCUUCAUUCGCUCGAUCAGAACUAGCACCCACCCUUUUCGAAGAGCUCUUUCUAGUUCAUUUUCUACCUGUUCUUCAACGGUUGAAUGAAUUAAGACUAAUCAUUUUGUCUUCUUUAUCGCAAAAUGCAAAUCACGAUGCCGAUGAUUAUUCCAUAAGUGAUAUAUCGGUGGUCGUUCCAUGGUCUAAAUUGUUGUCGAAAAUGAGUGGUGAUCAAGCUCUGGAGUUGAAAGAAUUGGAAAGAAAUUACGAACAAAUUCUGGAUGAGAAUUGCAGGGUUUUUGCUAGGUAUUUCAAAGAGGUUUUAGAGAAUUCUGAUGAAAGCAGAUCGGUUAAUCCGCCGGAGUUGGUGUUUAAGCAAACAGAGAAAGGUGAAAAACUGGACUACCAUGAGGAUGAGAACAUCAAAACCAAGGAACUUGGACUGGAAAACGGACGGUAUAAUCCAAUCUGGGAUGAACAAGAAAGGUCAGUUGAUUUUUCUAGCAGCAGCAGCAGCAACUCCAAGUCUCCGCCGUUUUAUCCGCAGAGGGUGUCUGUAAAUAUCCUUAAAAAACAAGACUCUAGCACAUCGGCAACACCGCCCUGUUUAGUUUCUGAUUCUGAAACGGAGUCUCUUUCUGAGGACAAUUCCGCCAACUCUUGUUCCUUCGAAUCUGAUGCCUAUGUCGAGGAAAACAACAGAGACGAAGCAUUGUUAGAAAAUGGAAAUAGCCCAACGCGAAGACAAAAGCAGCCCGUCUUUGCUGAUUCCUGUCGCUCUCCUCAUUAUCUAAUGGCGGAUAAUGGUAAUCCCCCUGGCAGUGGCAAACAUACGCCUCCCAAGGAUUUUGUUUGCCCCAUCACAAGCCAUUUGUUUGAUGAUCCAGUCACUCUUGAAACAGGCCAGACUUACGAGCGUCGAGCAAUCCAGGAAUGGCUAGAUCGGGGUAACUCGACUUGUCCGAUUACCCGCCAGACUCUACAUAGCACUCAGCUGCCUAAAACUAAUUAUGUGCUCAAGAGGCUCAUAGUGAGCUGGCAAGAAAAGAAUCAGGGUCCAGUCCUACAUCAGUCCGAUAAUCAUCGCGUUGUAGAAACCGAUCAUCAUGAGCCGAUGGUCAAGUCUGUAGUUCCUGCAACUUAUCCUAAUAGUGUCAUAAGCCAGGCCGCAAUGGAUAGAACCAUCAAUGAGUUACGCCAAGCGAUUACUAAUCUUUGUAUGUCUGAAAUUCUCUCGGAGUCGGAAAAGGCUAUUCUACAAAUAGAGAGAUUUUGGCAAGAUAUGAAUAUAGAAACUGAUAUUCUUGCAAUGCUCUCGAAACCUCCGGUAAUCAAUGGAUUUGUGGAGAUCCUUUUCAAUUCUGUGGACCUACAGGUGCUGAAAGCCACCUUUUUUCUCCUGUGUGAACUUGGUUCUAGAGAUGAAACCGUGAUCCAUACGCUUACCCGAGUUGACUCCGAUGUCGAACGUAUUGUUGCUUUAUUUAAGGAAGGGCUGGAAGAGGCGGUUGUGUUGAUAUAUCUGUUAAGACCUUCAAUUACUGGCCUAGUGGAGAUGGAUUUAGUGGAAUCCCUUCUAGCAAUUAUAAAGGGAAGAGGUGAAGAUUCGAUUAAAAUGUGCUUGAAGCCGAAAACAGCUUCUGUUCUCUUGUUGAGACAAAUUCUUCAGAGCGAUGAAGAGAAUGUUGCAUCUUCCAUUAUCGGGACAAUUGUUUCUUUAAAAGUGAUUGAAAAUGUUGUUGGCAGCUUGGAAGCUGAAUGGGCAGUUGAGAGGAUUGCUGCAGUUGGUAUCUUGCGAAGAUGCAUACAACAAGAUGGUAAAUGCAGAAACACUGUCGCUGAUAAAGCUCAGUUGGCCCCAGUUCUAGAAAACUUCAUGGCCACAAGCGAUGCGAAUAGAUUCGAGAUAGUUUACUUUCUUUCCGAGUUAGUCAAGUUAAACAGGAGGACAUUCAAUGAGCAAAUUCUCAACAUUAUCAGGGAUGAAGGUGCUUUUAGUACAAUGCAUACUCUCCUUGUUUAUUUACAGACAGCGCUCCAAGACCAAUGUCCCGUUGUGGCCGGUCUCCUACUCCAACUUGAUCUUCUGGUUGAGCCAAGAAAGAUGAGCAUUUAUCGUGAAGAGGCCAUCGAUACCCUCAUUUCAUGCCUCAGAAAUUCAGAAUUCCCUGCUGCUCAAAUUGCAGCUGCAGAGACAAUUGUUUCGCUUCAGGGAAGAUUCACAACCUCUGGGAAGCCCCUCGCUCGGCCUUUUCUUCUAAAACAUGCCGGACUUGAAAAAAAUUACAGAAAGCUCAUGCGGAUGGAGCAGCUACACAACAAUAGUGGAGACUUUGAAGAUAUAUCUGAAGAAGAGAAGGCAGCUGAUGCUUGGGAAAGAAGAAUGGCCUUUGCUUUAGUAAGUCAUGAAUUUGGUCUGGUCUUUGAAGCUUUAGCAGAAGGGCUGACGAGUGAAUCUGCAGAGCUAUGGUCAGCGUGCUUCGUGGCAGCAACAUGGCUAGUGUACAUGCUUGGUGUUCUUCCAGACACCGGAAUAAGAGGAGCUGCCCGAGUCUGCCUACUCAAGCACUUUAUCUCAACAUUCAAGUCUUCAAAGAACAUUGAAGACAGAACACUUUCCUUGUUGGCUUUCAAAAGCUUCGUUCAUGACCCUGAAGGAUUGCGUGAUCUGACUUCCUAUAUGAAGCACAUUUUGAAAGGUUUGAGAGAGCUUAGAAAAUCCUCCCAACUGGCAUUUGAAAUUAUGAAACUUCUCUCUGAAGAACAAGAUUGCAGUUCUGACUUGUGGAAUCAUAAAGAAUUAGCUCAAGUAGACUCUUCUGAAAAUGGAGAAGUAUUGUCAAUUGUUAGUUUCAAAGACAAAUUCUUUUCAGGCCAUACCGAUGGAACUAUAAAGGUCUGGGUUGUUACAGGGAGCAAUCUUCAUCUUGUCCAAGAAAUUCGAGAACAUACCAAGGCUAUUACGAGCUUAUAUAUUCUACAAUCUGGGGAACGGUUAUAUAGUGGUUCACUUGAUAAAACUGCAAGGGGUUGGUCCAUCAACAAUGAAAUAAUACAUUGUGUACAAGUACAUGAUAUGAAGGAUCAGGUUCAUAAUUUAGUUGUUGCCAACAGCAUUUCUUGCUUCAUUCCCCAAGGAGCCGGUGUUAAGGUUCAUGCAUGGAAUGGACAAUCAAAAUUAUUAAAUCAAAAUAAGUACAUCAAGUGCUUGGCUCUUGACCAAGGAAGAUUAUAUUGUGGAUGCCAUGAUAACAGUAUACAGGAACUUGAUUUGGCAUCAGGAACACUAAGCAGCAUUCAAAGCGGUUCAAGAAAAUUACUUGGCAAAGCACACCCGAUCCAUGCACUCCAGGUUCACAAUGGACUGAUAUAUUCAGCCAGCACUGCCUUAGAUGGAGUAGCGGUGAAGAUUUGGAGCACUAGAAAUUAUAACAUGGUGGGAUCGUUGCCGACGUCUUCGGAAGUGAGGUGUAUGACAAUAAGCUCGGAGCUGAUAUACUUGGGAUGCAAAGGAGGAAUUGUGGAGGUCUGGGAUCUGAAAAAACAAACCAGAAUUGAAAUACUGCAAGCAGGAACUAAUGGUAAAGUUCUUUGCAUGACUCUUGAUCCCAAUGAAGAAGUUUUAGUUAGCGGAACAUCUGAUGGCCAAAUUCAGGCAUGGGGAUGGAGUUAAAAAGCUGAGACAAGGAGGAAAAGAAAGCUGUAAAAAGUAUGGAGAACACAUUGAUUAUAGAAUAAUUUCGAAGCAUAACAAUUCCACUGAAAAUAUUUUCUUGAAGUUUGCAUGUUACCUGUACCAAGUUGAUUUGUUAGUUUUGAUCACAAUUAGUAAAUUCUUUAGCAUUGUACUGUAUACAUACAUAAAUUAAUAUAUAUAUAUAUAUAUAUUAAUGUAAAUUUCAUCUGAUCCUUGGCAUUUUGGAGCAAAUUCUAAAAAGAAAUCUG